AUGCAAAAUGGAAGAAAAAAAGAGAAGCAGCGGGGGUCUAAAAACAAGGAUGAAAGCGCUAAACAUCCUGAAGAACUUUCAGCAGAGGUUUUGGAAAAACAGAUUCCUCGAAAGAAAAAAGCUAUGCAAGUUAAGAUAAAACAUUUGUUGAUAGAAAGGCAUGGUUUAAAUGAAAUAAUCUCUAAGGGAAAGCAAAUUGUUGAUCAACUGACGAGAGAGCGGGAAAGAAAUUUGGAAAGAAUUGAGGAAAAAGAACAAGUGAUCGAAGGAAAAGAACAUGCUAUUCAGUCAUUUCACGAUAAAGUACAAGUAUUAUCUGCACAGAACGAGGAGAAAGAAUCUGAGCUCAGGGAAAAGGAUCGUUUAUUGAGAGAAGCAAAUGAACACUCUCAACUACUUCAAAAACAGCUUGCCGAACAAGAAAUGAUCGUAAAAGAAAUGCAAAGCGCAAUAGAAGGCUUAAAUAGCGAGAGAGAUAAGAGUAGGUCUGACUAUGAAAGCGUGGCUAGCAAAGAUCUAGGCAAAAGAGUCGAACUAGAGUCACUAAGACGUGAAAAUGACCAAUUGAGGCAGCAACUACAAGAAAAAACCAGAAGGCUCAGAGACAGAGCGAUGGAGAUCGAUUCACUCAAGCAGGAGAAAGACACCAUGCAACAAGAAAAAAUCAACUGCGACAAGAUUAGUCUGGAGAGGAAACUUUCAGUCGACAGGUUAAAUCGUGAGAAGGAGAGAGGACUGGCAUAUCUUGGUCAGCUUGAAAUUCGAUUGACAGAAAAGCAACAAGAUUUGCAACUUGCACAAAAUGAAAAUGCUGAAUUUCGAGAUACGCUAAGACGAAAAGAAAACCUUCUCCUGGAGAAGGGCAGAACUAUAGAGGCUCUGGAAGCUUCGCGAAAAGGGACAUCUGACCGGUUAGACCGACUUGAAAAACAGUUAGUAGACGAGCGCCGGGCUCAAAGAAACGAGUACGACGCGUUACGUGAGGAGAAGCGCGUCUACGAGGAACGUUUACGGCGAGCAGAGGCUACGUUAGAAACUCAUCAAAGGCGUGUUCGCGUGCUAGAGCAAGAAGUCGAAAGAGCUCGUCAACAUAAAAGUAUAUUUCGCGGAGAUCAACCUUGGAUGAUCAGCAAGGAUGAGAUUAAGCUUUCUGAUAAAGUGCUCGGUACUGGCGCUUGGGGAAGAGUUUUGGAGGGGAAUUUUCGAGGAACCAAAGUAGCCGUAAAGGAAAUCCACGAAAUAAUCCAGUCGGCCCAUAACAGACUGCUGUUUGACCGCGAGAUUACUUUUGCCACAUCGGUGCGACAUCCUUGUAUUUUACAAUUCCUGGCUGUAGCUGAUUAUCACUCUUCUACACCACUCUUGGUUGCUGAACUGAUGGAUAUGUCACUUUCGCAGCUUGUGAAAGAUGAGAGGAGUUUAGGCAACAGAUACAUCAGAAUACUCGCGCUAGACGUGGCUCACGGCAUCAAUUACCUUCACUGCUUCCAACCCAAUCCCAUACUCCACCGCGAUGUUAAUAGCGGUAACGUAAUGGUUUGGCGCCAGGGAGACAAGUGGCGUGGCAAACUCUGUGAUUUUGGAUCAGCGGAAUUCAUGGCAAGCAAGAUGUCGGAAAAUCCAGGGAAUCCGUUUUAUUCUGCUCCGGAGGCAAGCAGUUCACGCCAGACUCCAAAGGUAAGAUUUUGUACUCUUCUACCCCAUCUCUCCCCCCUCCCUCGCCAUACAAAAAGCCGCCGUGUUUAUUAGAAGUGAAAAACCGUCAGUUUGCCGCCAGUAGUUAGAAGGACUACCCGAAAGAUCUUUGCAUGAUACAUGUUAGUACCGCAUGAAAGACAAUAUUGGGAAUCUAAGAUGUUACGACAGUGAAAUUGUCAACGGUUUGAUAUUCGAAACAACAACUCUGCACGUGCACCCCACUUUUUGGUGCAUUUCUUUCCGUCGCUGCCAGCUGCGACUUAAAAUUUCCAAACUCGAGGUUUUGUAAAGGACUUGAACUCACAACAACAUUGUUUUCUAACUGUUUGAGCCUGAAUUCCGUCUUGAAAAAACCUCCCCUGCAUUUUACAAAUUGUUCGAGUUGGAAUAAUUGAGAUGUUACUUGAAAGAAAGUGACUUUGAGUGAGUCCUUUACCAAGAAUAACCAAACUAAGGAAUCUUUAUGACUGCUUACUUUGACUGCUUGCAGUCAGCCUUUUCUCUUAAAAUCCGUCUCGUUCUUAUCACAGCAGCGCGACUACAAACCACGACGAUAAGAGACUAUUCGCAGUCUACUGCUUACCAUUUGUUCAAGAAUUUUCGGCGAGUAAAAUAACCUGUUCAAGGCGUUCAGACAUGGUGGUGGCAGAGGGGGUGAAAGUAGAGCAGCUAGACCAGAAAGUAAAAUAAAAAUAAAGUGAAAUCAUGGAACUAUACAAUCUUUUCGUCGCGCUCAACACCACUUUCAGCUGCUCUUUCGCACUCUCUGUGUUAGGGUAGAAGGAACAAGUCUGGAACUAAUAAUGUGAGCCCAAGUACAGGCUGAAUAGCAGUGAUUCCCACAUUUAAACAAUUCAGAAAAAAAAUGUAGCAGGGGUGUUAAUGCAUGAAUUCUUGCCUAGGCCGUGUACGGCGCCUACCCAGGCCCUUUCGGUCACAAACCCUCUCGGACCACGUGACCCGAAGGCAACAAAAAGCCCAAGGGACUAGGAAAACAGUUUCUUUUCGGAAAAAUAUAAUUUACAUAUGGACAAAAAAUGUUCAUCUCGUUGGUUGUUAGUUUGUGUACAAAGGGUAGCCACUUUAAUCAAGCGCCAUGACAAUUUCAUUUAUACUAAGAAAAGUAAUAUCAUCGAUAGUUCUUGGUGUUACUUAUUCAAGUCGGGGGGGAGGAGGGGCGGGGCAAAUUUCCCUUUCAUAAACAGGUUGCUGCCAUUUUUAAGACACUCAGAAAUGUUUUGAUCUGUUAUUAAAAGUUAGAUUCUGUCUUUCGUAUCCUUCUCUCUCCCUUACCAGUACACAACCACAUCGACCCUACAAAGUUGCAAAAAGUUUAGUUGCAUAAAAUAGCAACCAGUCGCUCUUAACUGAUACAUCAAUAACAGGUAACCCAAACCCUUUCCCCCAAGGUUUAACGUAAAUGCAACUUGGGCUUCAACGUGGUUCUUUCCAAGACUAUUCCAAAUUAUAUUAUUUGCCUUAUUGUAACGUAUCGAUGACUAAAGGCUUAAUUCCAAUGGUGCCAUCGACGUUAAAAACAUCAACCACCGUUAACUAAAGGGAGCGAGAUAAGCGGAGGAGAGCGACCACCUCCUUCCCAGAGUUCUCUCUCGGCCUACAAUCGACAUAGGUUUUUUUGAAAAAUACCAUAAUGCUCUUUUUUGUCCCUCCAAAAUUUUGCAUAAGCUUUGUUUUUGAUUUCUCUUAGGGCAAUUGUAAGUCCCAAGAGAAAUUGAAAACAAUGCUUAUGCAAAAUUUUGGAGGGACAAAAAAGAGUAUCAUGGAAUUUUUGAAAAAGGCCUAUAAACUUAAUAAGAAGCCUUUACAAACCCUCAAGUUCUUAUUCAUUUUCUCUCAAACAGAUUGAUGUCUACAGUUAUGGCGUGUUACUCUGCGAGCUCUGUACCAACCAAACACCGAACCCUGACGAGAGACAGCGACAAAUCGCACUGAUGUGGAACAAAAAUCUGAGAGAGUUAGUGGAACAGUGCGUGGCUGAAGAUCCCGCCAUUCGCUCGUCAAUGACCGACGUCAUUGCUGUGUUAGAACCAAUGACAAUGUGAAACACGCAUACGCCCCCUUUUCUUUUGCGACUUUUGCGUUUUGUACCUGUUAAUUAACGUGUACUUACGCAACCAGUCGGAGAACAAAUGUCUAUUUUUUACCGUGACAUAGUACUGAAAAAGAGAGGAUUUCAAUCCCUAAAAAUUCGUUUACAUUUGAUAAAUCGAAAGAGAUGUUUGAAAUAACGUGAACUGACAUUUUUUGCUGCCGCCGCGCCGUCAAGGUUGCUUGAGCUCCC